UUGAACCCUCUGUCUCUCCUUUUCCACUUCAUCCUUCAAGGUCCUGAAAGGGAAAGAACAACAAACAUAUAAAAACUCAUGGAAACUGAGGCGGCGGAGGAAGUUCCCGUCCCUGCAGAUUCGGAACAAGCAGCGGCACCGACAGGGGCUGAGAAGCAGCCGCACAUGCUUGAAAGAAAGUGGACCUUUUGGUUUGAUAACCAAUCUAAGCCUAAACAAGGAGCCGCUUGGGGUACCUCGUUACGCAAAGUUUACACCUUUGACACUGUUGAAGAAUUUUGGUGUUUAUAUGAUCAAAUAUUCAAGCCCAGCAAGUUGCCUGGAAAUGCUGAUUUCCACUUGUUUAAGGCUGGGAUUGAGCCUAAAUGGGAAGAUCCAGAGUGCGCUAAUGGAGGAAAGUGGACUGUCCCUAGCAACAGAAGGACUAAUCUUGAGAAUAUGUGGCUUGAAACUUUGAUGGCAUUGAUAGGUGAGCAGUUCGAUGAGUCGGAUGAGAUUUGCGGCGUGGUUGUUGGUGUACGUCAAAGACAGGACAAACUUGCAUUGUGGACCAAGACAGCAACGAACGAGGCUGCUCAGAUGGGCAUUGGAAGGAAGUGGAAGGAGAUCAUUGACAUCAACGAUAAAAUUUCUUAUAGCUUCCAUGAUGACUCUCGUAGGGAAAGAUCGGUUAAAGGACGAUACAAUGUUUGAACUCUUUCCAUGUUUCUUUGCUCUGUAUUACAGAACUGUGGCAGAAAGUAAUGUAAUUUGUUACCUAUUUUGCGUAUGAGUUUUUUUUAUCUAAUUUAUUACAUUCUACAAUCAUGUUCUAUUCAGACGGUUUUGAUAAUUUCAACACCAAGAGGUUUUAAUAUAUCCUAUAGUACUUCAUUUGUU